GAAUGCAUGGUUUGCUGGGUCUUUAUAAAGUGUUACUCACGGCUGAAUCUUUAGUAUUUUCUGAUUCUAGUAAUAUGUUUCACUUUCCAUCAAUGGGUUUUAUGCAGACUGGUCUUAUUUCUCCAACUAAAUUGAGGAUGAAGCUUAUGGGUCACCAGAGGAAAAAAGAUGAUUCUGAUUUUAACUCAGCUCGGACACAUCCUAAGCUUCAGGAUAUCGAGUUCGUCGAGAACAGCUUGUUAGCUUCUAAUGUUGAUUAUGAUGAGCAAGUGUGUAGUACAGGGAAUGCACCACUGAAUUCCAGCUUGAGCAGCAUGGUAUCAAAUGGUACUCAAGGGGACCAGAGUUCUUUCUGGUUAAAGGAGUUCACGUCAGGAGAUCAUGGGAAUGCUAUCCGGGCCAAAGUGCAGAGGGCUGACAGUGUUAAUUCGAGCUCAGUUCACCCACUGAGAACAUCAGACGAUGAUCUUGAUUAUGAUAGUAAUGCGGGUUCAUCUACCUUUGAGUUUCCUAGAGGCGAUAGAACAGUUCAUAAUUCCAUGGGGCGAUCACCAUCAUUGAGGCCUAUGUCCUCCAAAUGGAAUGAUGCAGAAAAGUGGAUAAUGAAUAAGCAAACCGGACCAACUAAUCAUUCCAAAAGGAUCAAUGUGCAAAGCCAUGCUGGUCGUGUGAUCAAAGCUGUUCCAGAGUAUGCAAAUCACAAUUCCAAGCCGUCAGUUCAGCAAGUUGAUUUGUAUCAACCUGCAGCUGAGAGCAGUUUGGAGAAGUUCUCUUUUGCUUCAAAUGGACCUCACCUAAUAGUUGAUCAAGGGGAUGAGACUAAUGCUCCCAUUGAUAUGUGUCCUCAUACCAAAGAUUUGAAAGAAGUGGAUAGCGGAAAUCCAUCUCGUCUAACAAGUUCUCUAGAAGAACGAAAAGGUCCAACUAUGAGAUCAGUUUCAAUGAGAGAUAUGGGAACAGAAAUGACCCCUAUUCCAAGCCAAGAGCCUUCUAGGACCGCAACUCCUGUUGAAGCAACAACCCCCCACCGCAGCCCACAUUCGUCCCUAUCAUCUACUCCUCGUGGAGCGUCCAUGUCCAGACCUGCAGAGCACUCAAAUGAAAAUGACUUAAGAUCUCCUACAGAACAUAAAACAAAAGAAAGGAAUGCACAGGAACUAAAGCUCAAGACCAGGAAAGAGAUUGUGGCACUUGGUGUCCAACUUGGCAAAACAAAGAUAGCUGCCUGGGCAAGCAAAGGAGACAAGGACAAGAAUGCUUCAGCUGCCAAACACACUAAGCUGGAGGAACUCCGAAGGACUGAAUAUGAGAAGCGCGCUGCAGCUUGGGAAGAACUUGAAAAAUCUAAGCGCGCUGCCAGAUUUAAACGUGAAGACAUAAAAAUCCAAGCCUGGGAAAGUCAGCAGAAAGCAAAACUUGACGCGGAGAUGAGAAGAACAGAGGCCAAAGUAGAACAAAUGAGAGCACAUGCCGAAGCCAAGAUGGUGAAAAAAGUUGCAAUGGCAAAACAAAGAUCAGAAGAGAAAAGAGAUGCAACUGAAGCUAAAAAAACUAGUCAGUCCUCUAAGCUGGCGGCUCAGGCAGAACACAUUCGUCGAACAGGUCGGGUUUCAUCUUCUUAUAUGUGCUGUGCAUGGCCAUGAAGACAUGAACAAAAUAAUCAGUACAAGUUCGAAAAAUGUUGCAGAAUCUCUACUGCAGUGUAGGGGGUUUCUGUACUCUACCUAUCUUCCAUCCUUGUAUCAACAAUGCAGACACAGGUUGCAAUGUUGAACCAUUAGGCGAAGUUAAGAUGUAAUUGUUGUGCUUACAGUUACCUAAAUUAGUUGCCUCAAUGCUGAAGCUUCAUUCAGAACAAUGAAAUAGUUCACC